UAACUAUAGUUGCCAUUUGGACUGUGGAAUUUCGCUUCGGAGACUUCUGAAAAUACAACAACAAACACGAUAUUAGAAACUGAAACUGAUAAAUUUUGAACCUCGAUAUUAAUUUUUAAAGUCUUGUUUUUAUAUCGUUCACCAUCCGAUCUGAAGAAGUUAGAAUGCCUGAAUGUCUACUAUUCGCGAAACUUUGUCGAGAAUUACGGAUUACCCUUAUGGUCCUAUAUUAUACAAUUUCUUGUGGAUUUCUUGUGGUAGUCCGCAGUCCCACAUUUUGGUGUUUCGAGUGUGUGAACCAUGUUUGAGUGCGCUGUAGAAAUUCUCAAUUCCCUGAUUUAUCAAUUGAAAGACAACGAGAACCUGCCAAACCUGUGUAUUUGAGGUAUCUUGUGGUGUCAGUGUUAGCGAUGGAUUCCAGCAGCAAUGUUGUAUCGUAUGUGAUGGUCGUGGGUUUCCAUCAUAAGAAGGGAUGUCAGCUGGAAUAUACGUUCCCUUCGUUUCCUUCUACGGUUGUUUCGGAAAAUUCUUCGAGUGAGAAAACUCUGGACGAGGGUCCAGAACUUGGCUUGCCAGAAUUGUGGAAGCAUUUACCAUCGCUUGCGCUUCCGGAUGGCGCGCAUCAUUACCAAAGCGACACCGUCUACUUCCAUCUUCCCUCGUUGGAGGAUCCAUUCAAUCGGACGGUAUUCGGGGUGUCGUGCUACAGGCAGAUUGGAGCGGACAAAUUAUUGCGUAAAGACUCGGAUGUUACAAGGGAAACCGUGCAAAAAUGUGUCUGUGUGAUUAGUCGCCUGCCUUUAUACGGAAUCAUUGAGGCGAAACUGGCCCUAAUUACGCAUGCGUAUUUCGAAGAGCGUGACUUCAGUAAAGUGCAGCUCCUUGAAGACACUUACAACCAGCUCAAUGAAAGUAUGAGCGAGAAAUUGUUGAAUGAAAGCCAGAUCUUUGUUGGUCUUUCCGUCAGAGAUUUAGUACUCAGAUUCAAGCACCGGAUUUUGGUCUUAUUUAAACUCCUCCUGUUGGAAAAAAAGGUCUUGGUCCAUUCGUCACCCGUAAAAAUUCUCUCAUCGUCUAUCCUGACUCUCGUUUCCUUGUUCCCGGAAAUGGUGGAACACGGCCUAGUGGAGUCUGCCUGCCACUACGUUUCUGCACCGUCGCUCCCGGACACUGACAUAUCGGUCCAGCCAGUAACCACGCCUAUCCCAGAUGAUCAGCCUCAGCUUUCCUACGUUUCUGAAAUGGAUCUGUUAGCGGAAAUUGAUUCUGCUUUAACGAUGACGGAUGAGAAAGAUGGAGCACCGGAUUUUUCGAAAUCGCAUUUGACCAUUGGAGAAGAAGAACCCACUGUAUCCUCCCUGGUACCGGGAAAAUCAGCUGGACCGGCAGUAGCUACACCUUCGGCAUCCGAUGAGCAGAGAAGCAUAAAGACAUAUCCCAUAAAACCCUCUCUCAGCAGAAAAGAUGAAUAUGGUUUCCCGCUGGAAAUCUUCACCAAGGGAUAUGUUUGCCAUCCAUAUUUGUCCUUACCGUACUACGAUCUGGUUAAUGAUCCAUCGAUCCCGGGCUUCGUAGUGGGUGCAACGAACGUGCUGUUCCUGCAUCAUCAUAAGAAGUUUGCCGAUGCACUGGUCGAUGUUGUUGAAGGUAAAGUGGAGGUGUAUGAGGCAAAUCUUAAACGGCAGCUGCAGUUGACCACAGAGGAUUUGCGCUUUGCUGAUUAUGUGGUGAAGAUGGUCUGCGACGAGCCGAGUCGGGUCGAUGCAUUCCAUGGAACUGGUUGGGAGGGAGGCGAGGAAUGGAUUCGGUCGCAGUUUCGAACAUACUUGAUGGCGAUGUUGGGAACGGCGUCCAAAUUCUCGGCUCUCGACAAAAACCAGAAAUUAACCCUAGAUGAGUAUAAUUAUGCAUUUAUAUCGGCUUGGAGAAAGACAAAAAAUUUCAGAAUUUGGAACGAAAAUCCAGUAGACAAGCUGGAUGAGUUUGUUACCGGACAUCCAUGCUCGGGACAGUACAGUGUCAGUGAUAUAAAAGCCCGAGUAAACAGCAUGAUAACUCCUGAGAGAGCAAAGAAGAUUACAGCAGCCGUUGAUGUCGUUAACCAAACUGGCAAAGUGGUGGCGCAGACAACCAAAUCAUGGGGCGGCGUUGUGUCGUCGUGGGUAGCUGGUCUGCGGAAGGAGAGCUAGUCGACCAUAUCAUGAGUGCAGCUACUGUAUGUAUGAAAAAAAGCAAAUUGGACCAUUCCCUUAGCCGGAUGGAGGUGGCCCGGAUGAUGAAAAUGGGAGCGGAAAUGAGCGGGGACAGUUUGUAAUCGAUGCAAAGAGGCUUUGUACUGUUCUUUAAUAAGUGAUGGGAAUUUUCUUCGGCUCAUUUGAGGGGUCACCAUUGGAUCCCUUUGGUCUCGGAGAUUUUACCAGUCUUUUUAUACGAAUGAUGUGAGAUUUGGCAGAUUUGUACGUAGUGCAGUACUUAGAUUUUUUUAGUUGGUCAGUUAUUUUUACCGUUGGUUUUGGCUAGUCAAGAAAAUGUUUUUCUGGUCGCUGUAUUCGUGUUUAAAUUUAAUCUCUGAGUGUCCCGUUGUAAUAAUUGACUAAAAUUAAAUUUACUGCAGCGU